AUGACCGACAAGAUCCUUGUGUUCGGAGCCGGCGGCGUGGGCUGUAUCUAUGCCGCCUUGCUGGAGCGUGGAGGAGCUAGUGUGACGGCCGUCUGCAGAACAAACUACGCUGCAGUGAAGGAAAAUGGCUUGUUGAUCCGAUCUGCCAAAUGGGGACACAUUCGGACGAAACCUCAAGCGGUCCGUACUGUCAGCGAAGCCGCAUCCUACGGACCCUUCGACUACAUCCUGGUCUGCUCGAAGGCUUUCCCGGGCACAGCUGCUUUAAUCAAGGACGCAGUGACUCCAGGAAAGACGGCGAUUGCCCUCGCGCAAAACGGAAUCGCAAUCGAGGAUGAGUACGCCGAGCUGUAUCCCCAAAACACGAUCAUUUCUGGCGUCGUGUACUUGCCGACUACGCAGGUCAGCCCAGGAAUCGUAGAGCAUGGCGCUCCUCUGGAGAUAUUUGAGCUCGGCACAUUCCCACACAAUGCCUCAGACGAGGCCAAGGCGCAGACGAAAAGGCUCUCGGAGCUGUUCCUUGCAGGUGGCGGCAAUGCUCCUGUGCACAGCGGUGACAUCCAAGAACGGCGGUGGAAUAAGCUAUCGCUGAAUGCGAGCUUGAACCCCAUCACAGCUCUGACUCUAUGCGACGAUGCGAAUUUCAUACGUUCUUCGGACCACGCUUUGGACAUGAUCAAGAACGUCAUGAGCGAAGUAGGAUCAAUCGCAGCAGCAGCCGGUCAUCCCAACGCCGUGUCCAAAGAGUCUAUCGAUGAUCAUAUGAAGCGCCACGUUGAACGACUUGAGACUGGAGGCAAGGAGCCGUCCAUGCUUGUCGAUAUCCGCAACAACCGUCAGAUCGAAGUCGAAGCCAUUCUUGGAAACACCGUCCGCAAAGCAGAGGAGCUGAACGUGGAAGUGCCGUACUUGAAAAUGCUUUACGUUCUUGCGAAAGCGAGAGACUUUGCUACGAUGAAGAACGACCAGUGGAAGCCGAUUGCGACGGUGAGCUGAUGCAGCAACCUCGAUAUCACAAGGAGUGGAUUCGGGCUGUCAGCUUCCAGCGGCCACCGUCAGAAACGGUUGAAGGGACGACUGAUCUAGACAGGCCAGUCUCCCCACAAUUGUCUGGUAUGCUGUCGUGCUGCGCAUGAGGCAGCGCCUGUAUCAAGCUUGUGACAAGGCACGGUACGCAUCGACGGCAUCGCGCUGUUCAAUCUCUCUACUCACGCCGUAGCCUCCUCGGCAGGAACACUAUGGGGAUGUGCCGUGCAACCAACGCUCAGCCAAAAUAUGCUCGAUUCCUACUCAGUCUACGAAGGACAAUGUCCAUGUCCAUGUCACAUGGACACCGCCUUGCCUCUCAGCGUCGAUUCUUACCGUAUCGGAUCAUCAG